UUUAGGUACACAUUAUAAGCGAGGCUUGAUUCUUGUUUUAAAUGAGAUAGAUGGUGAAUUAUGCUUUGGAAAGAUAGAUAUUAUUCUUGUUCAUGAUAAUGUUUCAAUUUAUUUUAUUUUAGAAAAGUGUAAUACUUCAUUUGACUUUAAUCUAGGUUUGCAUCAGUUGUUUGUUGAUGAAGAGCAAAAUGUUGUUUGUUAUGCCAUAAGCAGCCUUAUUGAUUAUUACCCCCUACCACUUUAUAAAAUUGGUGAGAGCUUUUAUGUUCCAUUACACCACCGGCCAUUUUCAUCAAAUGACAAGUAAAAUACUUUUAUAUUUUAUAACGUGUAUAUAUGUGUAAAUAUAUUUAUAUUUUUUGUGUAGAACAAUGGAUUUAUCUGUUAUUGAGCAUAAAAUAUCUGCAGUCCUGCCAACACUAUCGAAGAAAACUGUUACAGUCAUUGUCGCCAUAGUCAAAGAAUGUGGUGGUGAAUGUGUGGGGGACUUACAAUUUAUUAGAGAGGAUGACCUCCAAACAGUUUUAAAACCAAUCCAGAUUCGAAAACUGUUAUCAUCACUGAAAAUGGAAGGUAAGGCGAUAGAGUUUUUGUCUAGCUGUUGCUUCAGUUGGUUUAUAAUUUUGUUUCAUCAGUUUAAGGUAUUACAUUUGGAAAUUAGUGGAAUGACUAUAUGUCCUUUAAUCUAUAUUAGUACCAUGGUCUUGGGGUCUUGGUGAUAUGAAAUUUCAGCUAUUUUUGACAUUGUAAAUUUUUUUACAUAACAUUUUUUCUUACAAAUAAAUUUUCCUUUCAAUUCACAGGGGAUGGUUCAAACAUCACUGUUGUUUUGGCUGAAACUGAGGAAACUGUAACAAAUAAUGUAACAACAGUCCCUGCUGCCCAAGAAGCAUUUACUGUAUACAAUUGGCUUGGACACGUUUGAUCUUUCUUUUGACAAAAUGCCUGCAACUGUGAAAAAGUGCCUGUCAGCAAAAGAAAGAGUACCUCCCCAAGCAAGGAGAGAAUUCGUAAGAAUUAUUACCGAUGCAAUGUUGGAACAUUGUGUAAAUCCAAAGUGGGAGUACUGCAGGUGAAUUGCACGGAAAAUUGUUGCAGCCAUACAAUGAGCCUGGGAGACAUUAUAGACGGUGAAUUAAUGGGAUGACGAUAUACAUCCCUACUUAACAGCCUUAAACACAGAAUUGACAAUGUCAACUGGUGCAAGCCACAGAGGCGGCUUUGGGCACCAAAACGGGCUCUUCAGCCCUCAGCAAGCUUACAUGCUAAAGAGAUGGGCCAAAAAGAUUCAUCUAGUGCCCAUUGGACACAUGAUUUGGAGGUCAAGAUGAGAGAUUUUUUUAACAGUAAAGGUUUAAAAAUUGAACCUUGGAUUGUAACUGCAAUGGGAGAUACCUUUGAACAUCAGAGACAAAUUGUAAAGAGUAGUGUAACUGGCUUUGACCUUACGUCAAGGUAUCCAUUUUUAUGUACUUCUUUUUUUUUCCUCCGUCAUUUUGAGGAGUUAACAUCUUCAAGACUCCAGGACCAAGCACAUAUUUUUAUAGCUAAAUUUGAAAGACUCCUAAAAUUCUUCAAUUCCACCAGUACAUCUAAAGGGAAAAUGGGGAGCUUUUGGUGGAAACUUUUACACCUAAACAUAUGCCAUACCGUCUUUAUGAUGGAAAGUGUAAGCAAAUUUGAACUAAUAGUUUAAUAGUAAUAUGUUGAUUCAUUGAAGUUAUUAUUGCUUUGAACAGCAUCCAAUUUCCAUUUACCAAGCUUUUUUUUCCUGGAACUUAUACAAUCUUAUACAUAUUGACUUAGUUGAGUCUUCUUAUAUACAUGAAUGUUUUAUACUUUCAAGUAUCUCAUGCUUGCUCUCUGAUAAUAUGUAGAUGUAUUUGGUUUAAUUUUUGACAACUUGAUCAUAUCAUUUCACCUUUUUUAUUGAAUCCUUUAUACUGUGUUUAACUUAACUUUGCAUUUAAUUUUAUUUGAUUUAUUUCACAUCUUUUUCUUAAAGCCUGGCCACACUGUGCAAGAUAUUGAGGCAAAAUCUCUUCCGCCCACACCUCGUCUGAUUUUAAGAGGUAUGUUCAGUAUUUUACAAAGUUUUUUUUUCUUUUUGAUUAAUUAAGGAACAAAUGCUAUUAUACAAUUUUGAUGCGUGAAAUAGACAUGCAAUUUUUUAAAAUUUGUAUUAUUUAAGUUCUCCUUUGUCAUGUGUGCAUGAUGUGUAUGUGUACCAGUAAGCUGUUAACAACACUAUUUUUUGUUCUAUUUGUAGGCAACAGUCUCAUGGAAGUUGAGGGCUGGAUGCUUUCCAUUGAAGGCAAAGUGGUCAUCCAUGCAGACACCCAGGAUCAGGAUUUUUUAAAGACUAUUGGUUGCCUCUUCACAGCCUAAUACGUAUUUAACCUGAAGUAUGAAACUGGAGCUAUGUCAACUUUAAGAGUUUUUGCAAAGGUUUGAAUUUUCUUGAUAUUAAUAUUUUGCAUAUGCUAGUUUUUUUUUUAUUAAUUCUACCAAUUUAAAGCUAUCAUUUAAGGUUUUGUGAAACUGUAGAUGUUUCAGCUUUUCUCUGACACAUACUUUGGUUACCGGAAAUUUGAUCAAAUCUUUUUUCAGUUCACGCGUUACCACACUAUACUAUUUCGUAAAACAAAAUAUUGUUUUCAAAAAGAGAUUUGGAGAAAAAUUUAUCGUGUGAACUGAAAAAAAGAUGCAAUUUUCCGUUGACGAAAUUUCUUUUGAUAAAAUUUUAGGAUACGCAUACUUAUUAAACAUAUUAUGCAGAUCAUGGGUGACCUCUACUUAAAUAUUAAAGUUUCAACUUAUCUGUAUGGGUUAAGACCCCCACCCCUUUGUUGCAGAUGUCUGAAUCAAGCAUUAUCAAUGUGAAAGUUCAGGCUGUAGUAUGUUUGUUGAUACAUAGAGUGAUCUAUUUUGAAUGGAGGUGCUGAUGAUGGAUGAUGGAGAGUGGUAUUGUUAGAAUGUGGACCUACUGGUACAUUUAUGCUCUAAUUUGGCUGAUAUUCUGCAUUUUAUAAAGUCUUAAACAUUACAUACCAGUACUAGUGAAUUUUUUAUUUUCAUAUUGGUACAGUACAUUCAAUAUUCAUGGUUAUAUGUCUUAUAUUUGUUUACCAAUUGUUCUAUCAGGUGCAUCUACAAGAUAAAUGAUGAUGGCAACAGUGUCCCCAAAAAGGGAAAGAGAACAGGCAAGACGGAAGUCCUCAGCAGGAGAGUCGUGACACUUAUUAAGGAUUUGUCGGAUUUUGAAUGGACC